CGUAAGGUACCCAGAAAAUCAUAAUACAACAUAAAUCCAUUCAACGAUGAGCAAUAGCAAUAGAACUGCCGCCGUUACGGCACAAACUUUUUGGGAUGUGGCAUCUCCAUUGAUCGCUGUGACCGAAAAACAUCCAUUUUUGGUCUCCAUGGUCGAUGGGACUUUGGCAGAAGAAAACUUCAAAUACUACGUGGUCCAGGAUGCUUUGUACUUGAAAGACUUUGCCGAUUGUUUGCGCCGAGUGGCCGACAAAGCACCGUCUCCUGCAGAUUCGGCCCGCCUUGUGAAUUUUGCCAAGGGCGCUGAGGAAUGCGAGAUGGAGUUGCAUAAUUCCUUCUUCAAGCAGUGGAACAUCUCGUCUCCCGGCGGUACCGGCGAGGGAGCAGAAGAUGAAGCCCAACAAAUGCCGAAUUGUCUCCUCUACACAUCAUAUAUGAAAAGGGUUGUAGCCACAGAAUCGUAUGCCCAGGGAUUGGCGGUACUCUUACCCUGUUUCUGGGUGUAUAUGCACGUCGGUCACGUCAUGCUCAAACUCCGAAAGGAUUUGGCCAACUCUGUCAAUAGAAAACCUCAAUACGAUGCCUGGAUCGACAUGUACGCCGGAGAAGAUUUCGAAAAGGAAGUGAAAGACUUUAUUGCCAUGGUCAAUGCMGAGUGCCAGAGAAUUCAAGAGAAAGGACUGGAUGCUGAUGAGGAUACCGCUGAAGGUAGCUCUGCUGCAGAUGCAUUCAAGCGUAUGCAACACCAUUUUUCGAUGGGAUGCAAGCUCGAACACAUGUUUUGGGACCAAGCAUCGACUAUGAUGCAGUGGCCAAAAAUUAGUGGUAUGUAAUUCAAUAAAUUUAAUAGUGACGAGAUAGUUUUGCCUUCAGGUAAAGAAAAGAAUGUGUGAAUUUAUAUCCAAGUGCGAGCUAUUAACGGGUACAUCAAUCAUUUGAAUCUUGGAUCUUGUUCAAUACAUGAUUAUAACAUAU